AUGUGGAGGCUACUUAUAAGGAAUUUUUCAAGAAUUGGACCAACUCUGCCCCCUGUGCCUAGGAUUGAAGAAGCAAGAGGUUUGAACGAAUUUGUGAGAGCAAUAAAGUGUCUCCACGUUUUUGUCCAGAUGUCUCCCAAGGAUUGAUUCACCAACAUAAGCUUGUGAACAACCCUCAAAGUGGCAAAUUUACAUUAAUUUGAGGAUUUGCCACUUUGAGGGUUGGCUUCAUCAACAUAAGCUGAUGGAGUCAACCCAAGAUUUCUUGGGAGACGUUGGGACAAAGAGGAGGCUAAAAGUGUGGAAACACUAUAGAGUAUAUAAAUGCGAAAAGAUACCAGAUGGCUGAGAUCGAGCUGAAUCUGUGCUUAGAAAUCCUCAAAAAUGGAGGGUUAUUUGCUGAGCCUGCUUAUAAUUUCACUUUGAAAAAGCUUGCUUUUGUAUAUAAGCAGCAAAAUAAAACAAAGCAGUGUGAAAAAGCAUUGAAAGACAUCGUAAAGCACUAUGAAUCAAAAGCAGAGACAUACCCAGAUCUAUUUUUGGCAGCACAAGAAACCUUGGCAAUGUAUUUACUAGAGGCCGACGUUGGAAGAUGCGUUGACCUUUGCAGAGAAGUGUUGGCUAACACCCCUUCUGAAUUUUUCCAUUAUCUUUUUGGAAUAUCCCUAGUUCUCAAAGGGGAAGAUUUCAUCACAGCAAAAGAGCACUUACAAGCACUUGUACUUAACAAAGACCCUCAGCCUGAAGUCUUAUAUAAUUUCGCCUAUGCCCAACUAGUCCACCCUAGAAAAUUCACUAAUCCUAAUAAAUUGAAUACUCAAGAAAUCAAGGAAAACAGAAAUGCAGUCAUCGAGUACGUGCACGCAAUUCCUAACUUCAAAAAAGCAAUACAAUACUUUGAAAAUCUCAGUGAGCCCUAUGAGCCAAACCCUGACAACCCAGGACUUAAAAAGAAAGAAAGUGGGCUUGUGCUUACAACUUUGGCAGAAAUGGGGUGGGGAGACGGCUUGACAUUACAAGUAAUUUAGAUUUCAGGAAACUGCAGCAUGGCUUAAAUGCGCACUAAAAUUAUACGAAGAAGUCGACAAGACAAAACUAGGAAGAGUGCUUACCUUGACUGGGAGACUGCUGAGAGACCAAAAACAAUUCUUACAUGCAGAAGGGCUGUUGAGCAACGCAAUGAGCAUUUUAGAAGGAGUAACAAUUAUAUAGAGAGGAGACUGGGACGAAGCGUUAGUCUGUGAAGAGUAUGGAGGACUGCUUAACAAAAUUUCCAAGCGAGAAAACGAAGGCGAGCAACUGAUAGCAAAAGCCAAGCUUAUUAGAAGCAAACUUCCAUUCUGGGCUGAAAGGGCAGCUCAUAUGUUUAUUCCUAAAUGGACCUUAGAGAUGCAGCCCUUUACUUCAUCCCCUAGUUAUUAA